AUGGACGAACAAGACGAAAAGGAUGGAAAAGGACGAAAAAGGACGAAAAAGGACGGAAAAGGACGAAGGACGAAAAUGUACGAAAAAGAACGAAUAGGACGAAAUGGACGAGAAAGGACGAAAAGGACGGAAAAGAACGGAAAAGGACGAAAAAGGACAACUAAGAACGAACAAGAACGAAAAAGGGCGAAAAAAGACGAAAUGUAUGAAAAAGGGCGAAAAGGUCGAAAAAGUCCGAAGGACGAAAAAGGACGAAAAAGGACGAAGAAGGACAAAGAACAACAAAGGACGAAAAAGGAUGAUGGACGAAAAUGGACGAAAAGGACGAAAGAGGACGAAGGACGAAAAAGGACGAAAAGGAUGAAAAAUGACGAAAGACGAAAAACGACGAAGAAGAACGAUAACAACUAA